GUCAGAUUUUGUGGUAGAGGUGUAGUGUUUGAUGUGUUGGAAUUUAUUUAUUAUAUUAAUUUUUGGAUUAUAUUUAUACAAAAUCUAGAAAAUGACGACAUUUGAUUCCAAAUACGAUAUGUUUCCAGCAGGCGACGUGGGGGUGGUGGAGGGAGAGAUGAACAUCCCCGUGCGGGGAGCUCCAUCAGGAGACAGUAUGGAAUUCAACACACUUGAUGAGCCCAUCAGGGACACCUUUCUGCGAGACCUCAGAGCAGUUGGCAACAAAUUUUACCAUGUCCUCAUUCCUAGGGAAAAGACUAGCCUGUUGAAAGAAUGGGAUCUAUGGGGCCCAUUGUUGCUAUGCACUCUGAUGGCCACCAUCCUGCAAGGCUCGGCGGAGAGAGCUGACAACUCUAAUGACGGAGGACCAGAGUUUGCUGAGGUGUUUGUUCUUGUAUGGAUUGGUGCUGCCGUUGUCACAUUAAAUUCAAAACUGCUUGGUGGGAACAUCUCAUUCUUCCAGUCAGUGUGUGUGCUGGGCUACUGCCUGUUCCCGAUCGCGCUGUCGCUUAUAGUAUGCCGCAUCAUCUUGUUCUCCACACAAAGCACCUUCCUCUUCUUCCUUCGCUUCGUCAUAUCCAUGGUCGGCUUCGUCUGGGCUACUUUUGCUGCCACGAAGUUCCUCGGGGACAGCCAACCAGAAGGCAAGAAGGCGCUCGCAGUAUACCCAAUCUGCUUAUUCUACUUCAUCUUAUCAUGGCUAGUGGUAUCCCACAGUAACGUGUAAAUGUACAAUGUAUGUGAUAUGGACUAUUUAGAAGUAAUCUGUGAAUAUGUGAUUUAAGUCUUUAUUAAUUAAUAUUAUGAUAAACUUUUUGCCUCUGCUGGGCUGGAAGAAAAGGUGAAGCAAGAAUGCGUUCAGCUUCCGACUGAGAGACUAAGAGAUCUUGUCCUCUCCAUAUGAUAGACUUGUCUAUGGGUCAUGGACUGGUGACCUGUCACCAUAUAGUUCAUUCAUUAUACUGUCCAUAUUAGGGUUGAACCUCAGGGUUAAACUAUAUCUGACAGCACGGAACCACGUGUAUUCCAUCGCUUCCAUUCCGACGCGUGCGAUCACACUCUAGCAAAUUACGGUUAUGAAUGACAUAAAAGGAUAGCAGCACAGGAAAGUGCGAUGCGGUGCAGUCAGAUGUAGUUCAAUCGUUACCGGCUUUCGAUCCUAAUUGCGGAUGCAAAUGUCAUCUUAAAACAUAUGGACUAUUAACAUGGGCGAUAACUAUCCAUCUUGCAGUUCAUCGUAUCAAUUUUAGAACGACUAAAAGAGUAACAGCAAAUUGUCUUAUUGGUUAUGCCCACCCCGUUAAGGAUUACGGGCGUACCUUUAUGUAUGACAUAACAUAAGGUCGCGACUAUAACCCAAUUGGGGUAAUCAGAGUUACAUCAAUCGUUAGAUACACUAAAUACCCACACCUCACCGAGCGUUCUGUUAGAUCAAUGUGAUAGUUGGUGAGCCGUAUCGCCGUCUAUAAUAAUCGAUCCAACUGUGUUAGUGAAAGUUGGGUAGGCCCGCUACAAGGUGGACCGACGAUCUGGUGAAGGUCGCGGGAAGCCGCUGGAUGCGGGCAGCGCAGGACCGAUCGUCGUGGAGAUCCUU